GGCCCGGUCCCGGUCCCGGUCCCGGUCCCGGAGCAGCGGAGCGGGGGCAGCGGAGCGGCGGCGGCCGCGGCCGAGCGAGCGGCCGGGGGGGCUGCGCCGUGGGACCGGGCCCGGACGACCUCUGCGUGCGCCCCGGCAGCGCCGCGGGACGGGCACGGACGCACGCCCGGGGCUUCGGUCGCCGUGGGGCCGUGAUUAGCAGCUCCCGCCCGGACAAUUAAAAUGCAGCGCUGGGGCAUGGCCGUCAAUGUGUACUCGACGUCGGUGACCAGCGAGAACCUGAGCCGCCAUGACAUGCUGGCCUGGGUCAACGACUCCCUGCAGCUCAACUACACCAAGAUCGAGCAGCUCUGCUCAGGGGCUGCGUACUGCCAGUUCAUGGACAUGCUGUUCCCCGGCUGCGUGCACCUGCGCAAGGUGAAGUUCCAGGCCAAGCUGGAGCACGAGUACAUCCACAACUUCAAGGUGCUGCAGGCCGCCUUCAAGAAGAUGGGAGUGGACAAAAUCAUUGCUGUGGAGCGGCUGGUGAAGGGCAAGUUCCAGGACAAUUUUGAGUUCAUCCAGUGGUUCAAGAAAUUCUUUGACGCCAACUACGACGGGAAGGAGUACAACCCGCUGCUGGCGCGGCAGGGCCAGGACGUCGCGCCCCCCCCUAACCCAGGUGAUCACAUCUACAACAAACCCAAGAAACCCAUUGGCACUGCAGUCCCCCAGAGGACCUCCCCCACGGGCCCCAAGAACACCCCGAACCCAGCCCGCCUCGGCAACGUGCCCAGCGGCAUCCUACGGAAAAACUCGCCCGCCGCCCGCAACGGCGGCACCGAGGCCGACGCGCAGAUCCUGGAGCUCAACCAGCAGCUCAUGGACCUGAAGCUGACAGUGGAUGGGCUGGAGAAGGAGCGGGAUUUCUACUUCAGCAAACUGCGGGACAUUGAGCUCAUCUGCCAGGAGCACGAGAACGAGAACAGCCCCAUCAUCACCGGCAUCGUCAGCGUCCUCUAUGCCACGGAGGAGGGCUUCGCCCCACCAGAGGACGACGAGCUGGAGGAGCAGCCGCCAGAGGACCAGGACGAGUACUAGCCCCGGCCCGCGCCGCGCCCCCGCGCCGCCCCCACCAUAGACAUGGAGGCCCGAGCCCGCGCCUCGCCCCCACCGUCACACGCCAUCGCCGCCUCGGCAGCCCGCGGGAGCCUCCACCUCAUAACCGGCGACAUCCCUCGGGCGGGGAGCGGCCGCGCCGGGGCUGGGGCUGGGGCUGGGGCUGGGGACGGGCUCUGGCCCCGCGCUGGGGCCUGCCCCGCGCCACCCCCUCCCCGUAUUUAUUUCUGUUGUCCCCCCGGUGUGAGCGAGUGCCACAUCCGCCCUGGUGUCCUGCCUGCCCAUGGUGAGAGUGAGAAGGAACACCGAGUGCUCGGGGGCUGGCCUGGGGGGCCGUGUCCCUUGCUGGGACCCUCGAGGCCCCAGGACCCCCACGGUGGAGUGAGUGAGUGCCGGCCUGGCAGCCUGUUGGAGCGGGACGCCACGGAACAGAGGAGAGAGAUGUUGGUUCAGAUUCCUGGGAAGAUGAAAAGGAAGCCCCAGCCCAGUGCGGCCAUGGCAGCGGGGGGCACCUGCAGCCACGGGGGUCCCGGAGAGGGAGCCUGUCCUCACUACAGCAUGGAAUGGCAGGGGGCCUCUCCUCUCGCCCGUGGCCCCAGGAGCCGGGCUGGGGUGGGUCACCCUCGGCGAGGGCUCGCAGCGCCCGCCCGCCCUGGCUGCCAUGUCCCUGUCGCAUCGCUUGUCUGGUCCAUCACUCCGGUCGCAACGCUGCAUCUGUGUUCGGUUUUAUUUAAAUAAACUCGUGUGGUAACACUG